AUGGACAAAAAUCUCUACAAGCCUUUAGCAUUUUGCUUUGAAGUUCUAAAACGUUUUGGAUUGUGGCAAGAUGGAAAACAAACUUGGAGUUAUUUUUUCCUUGGAUAUUUAUUUCAUUUGGUUUUCAUUGAAUUAAUUUUAUGCUUUCAAAUUGUUUAUUUGACGAAAACAACUGAUGUGAUGGAUUUUAUUGAAUCAUUCUCACAUAUAACUGCACUUUUUGCAGCAAUGAUGAAAAGUUUUAUCUUCAUUUGGAAAUUAAAAUCGAUAAAGAAAUCAGUGGAUUCAUUAAACGAAAUGAUAUCGAAUUCAAGAUUUAGCAACAAUGAUCAUAUGAAAAGAGAAGUUUUAAUCGUUUUCAGGAUUUUUAAAAUCUUUUGGAUGUUAUUUGCAUGUUCAAGUUUAACAGGAUUCGUCCCAAUAUUCCACAACCAGCUACCUUUCAAGAUGUGGUUUCCAUUUGAGACAGUGAAAGAAAAAAGUCAAAUUGGGUAUUGGAUAGCCACAAUCUAUCUUCAAAUACUUGCCUUUGCACUGGGAUCAAUUGUUGUGUCAUUAGACACCCUACCAGUGUUUUUAAUGUCAUUUGCGACAGGAUUUUUAAAACAAUUAUCAGAAAGGAUAAUGAAAAUCGAAAAGUAUGACGAUUUGAUUGAAUGUGUUAACAAUCAUAGAUUUGUGAAGAAUUUCAUCAAAGAAAUUGAAGACAAUUUUGCUUCAGCAAUUUUCUUUCAAGGAUUGAUUAGUUCACUUACUUUAUGCACUGGAGUUUUUAUAAUGUCAUUCACUGAAAGUGCUCGAGAUUUCACAGCUAUAACAGUUUUUUUGAUUCCAAUAACUCUUGAAAUUUUCCUUCCAUGCUAUUUUGGAAACAAACUUUCUGUUGCCUCAUCAGCUCUCACCACUUCAAUAUUUCAUUCUGAAUGGAUUGAAAAAGAUCGGAAAUUGAAAAAAGCAGCCAUGAUUUUCAUGGAGUGCAGUCAAAAACAUUUGAAAAUUACAUCACUUGGAACAUUUGAUGUCAACAUUGCAACAUUUAGUAGCAUUUUAAAAUCUGCUUAUUCAUUUUUUAACGUUAUGAAGCAAGAGAUUUUGAAAUGGCACCGACUUUUAACUCACAAUCACUGA